CAUGAACGCAUCAUAUGUGCGCAAACUGCGCAUGUCUGUUUUCCAGAGGAUAAACAAAACUGCAGGGACAGCAGCUGGUAAAUAAAGAGUCGCAUUCAGAUGUGACUAUGGGGAAAUCUUUUUCCCACCUCACUAAACAGACCGGCCACGAUGAGGGUCAGGACAGCCUGACCUCGGCUCUGGAGGACCCUCAGACCGAGGACGGGAAGGCGGGCGACGUCUCCCAGUUUCCUUACGUGGAGUUCACCGGACGGGACAGCGUGACGUGUCCCACAUGUCAGGGUACCGGGAGGAUCCCCAGAGGACAAGAAAAUCAACUUGUGGCAUUGAUUCCAUACAGCGACCAGAGGCUGCGGCCCAGGAGGACGAAGUUGUAUGUCUCAGCGUCAGUGGUGGUCUGCCUACUACUGUCCAGCCUGGCGGUCUUCUUCCUCUUCCCCCGCUCCAUCGACGUCUCCUACGUCGGCGUGAAGUCUGUUUUUGUCAGCUACGACCAAGAGAAGCGCAGCGUCUACCUCAACAUCACGAACACUCUGAACAUCACCAACAACAACUACUACUCUGUGGAGGUCACCAACAUCACGGCUCAGGUGCAGUUCGCCAAGACGGUGAUCGGUAAAUCUCGCAUCAGCAACAUCACCGGCAUCAGUCCUCUGGACAUGAAACGGAUCGACUACAUGGUCCCCACCAUCAUUGCUGAUGAGAUGAACUACAUGUAUGAUUACUGCACUCUGCAGACCAUCAAGGUCCACAACAUCGUCGUCAUGAUGCAAGUGACCAUCACCACCUCGUACUUCGGGCAUGCGGAGCAGGUGUCUCAGGAGAUGUACCAGUACGUGGACUGUGGAGGAAACACCACGACCAUUAGAGGGAUGACCCAACCCUUCAGCCUGCAGCACCCUGCAGAGUAACCCCCCCCCCCCUCACUCAGCUCCUGCAGUCAGUCCACAUCCACACGAAGAGAAGAACACUUCAUGCUUCUUAUGGAAGAAAAAAAUAAGCUAACGUUUCUGACUUCAUGUCAUCAUUCUAAGAUCACACACACACACACACACACACACACACACACACACACACACUCUAAGGUUAGCAUCCCUGGUCUCCACAAAGAGCAACAAGAUUAUUUUAUUGGUUUUUGGAUUAUAGAAGAAAAUAAGUUCUGUGCAAAACAAACUUUUUCACGUUUUGUUUGAGUUUUGAGACGUAAAAGUUAAACGACAGCUCGGCGAGAAACUUCGGCGUUAAAGCUCCAAAACUCCCCAGCUGGUAUUUACACACGAAUAAAACCAGGAAGUGCUAAAAUGCUGAUUCUAUCACAACCACGAGAUCUCUUCACCUCGAUGUCUCGACGUAUGAAAAGUUGUGUCUGAAUAUUUGCUUUAAAAAAACAAAAACUUUGCAUUUUAUCUCAACGUUUAAGUUUCGCUGCUUCACACGAUGAAAGUGUAAUUUCAUGUUAAAGUAAUUGCAGAUUUGAUGGAGGCACCAUAAUGCACUUUCUAAGUAUAUUUAAAAAGCGUCUGAAGUUUCCUCGUGUCGUGUUUCUGAUAUCUGCUGACUCCACACUAAUAUUUGUUCGUUAUACUUUAUACAUUUUGUCUGAAGGAACUUCUGCUGCAUUUGUUUUUAAAGGUAGAAGUGGAAAGAAUUCUUCUUCUCUUGCACGCUAACGAGUCGUGAAGCUUCCAGCACAGCGAAGGAUUUCAGUUCAAACAAACGACAUCAGUGCUGCACCUGAAGGCACCACGAGCGCAACACGCCUUUAAUUACAGAUUACGAUCAGCUGUCGGGUGCAACUGACAAUAACUUUAAUUAUUGAUAACGAGAUACAAACACGUUAAACAGAGAAAACUCUUUUUACAAUUUAAAAAUAGUUGCGAGUGAUUUUGUUUCAUUAAUAAUUAAAACUAUGAUUUUCUGUAUUAACCACUGAAGUCCAGCAGCUUGUUUAUAAUUCUGUUUAUUAGCGUUUAGCUUGGCAAUAUUUUUAAAUGUGUACAAAAUUGGAAAUCAAAUAUUUCUCACAACACUGAAGCCUUUUGGUAAUAAAUCCUAAAAGGCUGUUUUAUUAUUAUUAUUAUUAUUAUUAUUAUUAUUAUUAUUAGAAUGUUUGCUUUCUUGUUGAGUUUCCAGCUUUCUAACUUUAUUUGAAUAAAGUAUUAAUGAGUCUCUAUCCUGCUGACACGUGUUGGGCGUCCUGUGGUUUCAUUCUGUUUUAUUUGUAUUAAUCACGCCCACAUUCUUCUACUUGACUUAAUAAUGAGAAAUAUUUCACAGAAUUUAUUUUGUUGAUAUAUUAUUUCACCUUUGACCAAAAAUUCUUCGUUUGAAAAACGUCUUGCACCUCAAAUGUUUGAUUCAUAUCAACAUCCUGUAAAUACUUGUGUUUAUAAACUCAUAAUAAUUCAUAUCUGUAACGUUUGUACUGAGUGAUUUAAAGAAAAUCUAAUAUGUAUCCUGACAUGCACCUCCUACCUCUGAUGUCAUUUUAAAUGUUUUGCUGUGGGAGCGUGAAUAAAGUUUUGAAACCUCA